AUGCUGGCGGCGGGCGGCGGCUCCGGCCCCGCCGGGCCGGGCGGCUCCGGGCCGGGGCUCGGCGGUGACGGCGACUUCCUGUCGCGGUACCGGCUGGUGUCGGCCAAGCUGCGGCGGCGGUUCCUGCGCAAGCCCAACGUGGCGGAGGCGGCGGAGCAGUUCGCGGCGCUGGCGCGGGAGCUGCGCGCCCAGGAGAGCCUGCCCUACGCCGCCUGGUGCCAGCUGGCCGUGGCGCGCUGCGCGCAGAGCCUGUUCCACGGCCCCGCCGAGGCGGCCGCGCUGGCCGAGGCCGCGCGGCUCUUCCUGCGUCAGGAGCGGGACCUGAGGCAGCGCCUGGGGCUGCGCGGCGGCUUCGGCGAGCACGUGUCGGCGGCGCAGAGCUGCGGGGCCUUCGCCGCCCGCCUGCACCUGGAGCGCGGGCAGCCCGCGCUGGCGGCCGGGCCGUGCCUGGAGCUGGCGGCCGCGCUCCGCGACACAGGCCAGCCCGCCCGCGCCGCCGCGCCUCUGCAGCGGGCGGCGGAGCUGCUGGGGGCCGCCCGGCUGCCGCUGCAGGCGCUGCGCUGCCUGGCCGAGCGCGCGUCCUGCCUUCUGCUCGCCCGCGACUACGCCGGGGCGCUGGCGGCGCUGACGCGGGCGCAGGCCCUGGCAGGGGCCGGGCUCGGCGGGGCGGGGGCCGGGGCGGCUCCUGGAGGUGCCUUCCUGGACGUGCUGGCGCGCUGCGAGGUGUCGCGGGUGCUGCUGUUGCUGCUGCUGCAGCCGCCGCCGGCCAAGCUGCUGCCCGAGCACGCCCGCACGCUGGAGCAGUACUGCUGGGAGGCGCCCGACGGCGGGGCGAGCACCACCGGCAGCGCGGGCGGCCCCGGGGCGGGCGGGCUGCCGCCGGCCGCCAGCUACCUGCCGGCAGAGCUGUUCCUGCUGCUGCAGUCGGCCGUGCUGGCGUGCCAGGAGAAGGACGUGGAAGCGCUGAAGGCACUGCAGGCAGAGCUGUGGCCGCUGCUGAGCGCCGAGCAGAACCACCUGCUGCACCUGGUGCUGCAGGAGAUGCUGAGCCCCGCUGGGCAGGGGCUCUGAGUACCCGCAGGGACUGCUCGGACUGGUCGCUUCAACACAGACUGUCCCGCUAUUUAUUUUUAAUACCGACUCUGUAACGCACUCAAGCCAUGGUUGAUGAGCAGAUGUGUUCACCUUGUGUCAUAGUAAACUGCUCACUGUAUGUACUGGAUGUUGUCCUGCUUGGAAAAAGUGUAAUCCCGAAGCAGAAGGGCCGGUUCGGGGCAGAACAAGGCUGUGCAUUAAAGGACUGGCUGCA